AUGCUAUGCCUGGGCCAGCUCAGCCUGGAGCAGCGCAGCAGCACCGUGCAGCGGACUCGAGGGAAAAUCGGUUAUGGCAUCCUCCUGAGCAAGGAGCCCGAUGGCGUGUGGGCCUACAACCGCAGCCACCACCCCAUCUUCGUCAACUCCCCCACGCUGGAUGUGCCAAACAGCAGGACUCUGGUGGUGCGGAAGGUCAUGCCUGGAUACUCCAUUAAAGUGUUUGACUAUGAGCGCUCAGGCCUGCUCCGCCACAACCCAGACACACCCCUGGACGGACCCUUCGAUCCCAACAGUGUCAGGAUCAGCUUUGCUAAAGGCUGGGGCCCCUGCUACUCCAGACAGUUCAUCACCUCCUGCCCCUGCUGGCUGGAGAUCCUCCUCAACAAUCACAGAUAA